UUGAUCACACCACUAAGCUCAACACUCAUGAAUUCGAUCUCCAACGCUUUGACACUAACGCCUUAUCUGGGAGGAAAUCAAUGGUGCAAGGUUAACGGCUGGAACAAUAUCGAUCAGAAGCUUAUCUGCUACGUCGAUAUCGAAGGCCGAACCAAGAAAAUGAUCAAGUGUGCCCAGUGUGACUACACGACGAAUGCUCCGAGCCAUUACUUCAGACACGAAAUCAAACACUCGAAAAUCAAACCCUUUAGGUGUCCCUUGUGCCCCCUCACUUUCCAGAGGCGAUACAAGAUUAAGUACCAUGUAGUAAAGGAACACCCGGGCGAGGACGUGGAAAACCUUUAUUACUGAAAUGUCACCCAAAGAUCCCAUGAUUUCAGUUUCGAGGCUGAGUUCUCGCUCAUCUCGGAACUAAUCUGAACCUCAAAAGAGAAGCUCGUCGAUCGUCUGCUUUGUGCCACAAGGACUCGGACUACAUCGCGUUCUCAUUUUAUGUCCUAAUAAGAUAAUUCCUGUGUCCGAGCUGUUACCUGUCUAUCUGUAUACAUGAACCGAAUCCAUGCAUAUGUAUGUAUACAAAGCUACUGCUACCGUCGUUCGGCUCAAAGCAGAAGUGUCUCCGCCUGAAUAAACUCCGUUAAUGUAUCAAGA